AUGGCCAAAAAGUUUCUGGUAUUUUUGACCCUCAGAGCCCCUUCACCCAAUGCACUUCCUGGGAGGGAAGGGAAGAAGAAUGACAUCAUGUGGGAGAAAGGAAAGUCCCCAGUUCUCUUUCCCACCAUCGCUGCUGUUGCACGGCGAAAAAUAUCAACACAAGUACUACUGUGGAAGAAGAGGGUGGGUAGCCUUGCCAAACCCCAUGGAGGUGUUGGCAGGUAG